AUGGAAAAUUUUGAACUAUUAACCACAGUUACUACCAAACACUUACGAUUAAAUGAAUAUAAAUCAAAAACGUCUGGUGUUAGAAUUUUUAUAGGAAAUUACAGUUGCCCAUUAGUCUACUCCUUCUAUAUAAUACCAACUGAAGCGGAUACUGAUGAAGGACUGCCACAUACUUUGGAACAUUUGAUUUUUUUAGGCAGUAAGAAUUACCCAGAUCGCGGAAUACUGGAUAUGAUUUCCAGCAAAUGCUUGUCAAUAGGCACAAAUGCAUGGACUGCAGUUGAUCACACAUGUUACACUCUAACAACUGCAGGAUUGGAAGGCACUUUACAAAUAUUGCCCAUUUAUAUGGACCACAUUUUACAGCCAGUCCUAAGUGAAGAUGGAUUUAUGACGGAUGUGCAUUAUGUAAAUAAUAAAGGGAAAAAUUCAGGUGUUGUAUAUUGCGAAAUGAAAUCAAGAGAACACACGCAAGAAGAUUUGAUGACUCAUACAUUGCUAGAUAUGUUAUACCCAGGUAAUAGCAGUUACAAGCGCAAUACGGGGGGUAAGUUAGCUGAUUUGAGAGAUACUACAAUUUGUAGAGUUCGUGAAUAUCAUAGCAAGUUUUACAGGUAUGAUAAUUUAUCUCUGUGCUUUCUAGGAGGGAUAUACGAUGAUAAUUUGAUACUGUCAGCUAUUAGCCAAAUAGAAACAAAUAUACUGCAAUCGCCAAAAACCAUAAAGCCUUGGUCAGACGAUGAUAAGAAUAUUCAACAACUUAAACAAUCAAUAACCAAAACAAUUAAGUAUCCUUCAGAUGAUGAUGAAUAUGGAAAAGUCAGUAUUUCAUGGCGUGGUCCCAAAUGGAAUGAAUUCCAGUUAAUCUACGCCAUCAAUAUAUUGGGUUCAUAUCUUGUCGACUCAGCAACAUCGCCAUUGGAGUCAAAAUUGGUACAUAUCGAUGACCCUUGGGGAAGCGCAGUAGAAUUUGAUUUUGAUUUGUUCAAAUCUACAAAUUUUUCGUUACACUUAAAGGAUACGCCCGUCAAAAAAAUCAACCAAGCAAAACAGGCUGUAAUGAAUUUAAUUAGUGAGAUAGCACAACAGCCUUUCGACAUGAUUAGGAUGGAGACAUUGAUUGAGAGAGCCAGAAUUAAUUACCUAAGGGAAAUGGAAACUUGUCUACACGAAGCAAUAAUUGAUGUCUUAAUUGAAUACAUAAUAUAUAGCAAUAACCCCAAUGAUUUAUGCACGAUGGUUAAGGAAGUUGGUUACAACGAAUUUGUCAAAAACAAGCCAGAAAGUUUUUGGAAAGAAUUGCUUCAAAAGUGGUUCAUAAACAAUCAUAAUUGUGUAUGCAUUGGCGUGCCAUCUACUGAAGAAGGCAAGAGAAUUGAGAAAGAAGAGGAGGAAUUGGAGCAGCUUCAGAUAGAAAAAUUUGGCAAGGAAAACCUUGAAAGAAUCACUGAAUAUAUAGAACAAUUGCUAAAUUCAAAUUCAAAUGGGCCACCCAAACACCUAUUAGAUGCAGUUAGUCCAUGUGACAUAUCUAAGAUUAAAUUGCCGAAUAAGCCACUAUACUGUAACUACAAACAAAUUUCUUGCGAAAAUGAAGAUAAUGAAAUUGUGGUCACUGGAUUAUUGAGUGAUAUUGUUAAAAUAAAGUAUCCAUUCCAACUUAAUGAUAUUGAAUCAGAUUUUGUGCAAAUUCAAGUCAUGUUUAACAUUGAACAUUCUGGAUUGUGUGAAAAUGAAUUUAAAAUGGUACAGUUGCUAUGUGAUAUAUUAUUUGAUCUAGACUGUGUAAUUUGUGGCAAAUUUGUCAACAGGGAGGAGUUUACAAAACAACUGUUAAGUUGUACAACUCACUACGGGGCUAAUGUGGGUCUAUCAUCUAGCCGAUUCAAUCCCGAUUCUUUUUCUCAAUUUAUCACUUUAACAAUCGUAGGCCCAACGGAACAUUACACACAAAUCGUUACAUUGUUACACUCGAUAAUAUCACCAGAUUCUCAAUUACAUCUGCCAGAAGAUAGGCUGAAACAGCAAGUGGAAGUGCUUAAAAAGAGGUGCACCAAGAAAAAAUCAUCUGCGCAGACGCUCCUAAAUCAGCUGACAACAUCUCAUCGUUACAAAUAUGAGUGUAUAUCUAACAGAUGUGGGAUAGCACAACAAGAAAAUUUUUUACAGCAACCCCUAUCAAGUACAGAUCUAUUGGGGUUGUGCAAAAAGAUAUUCAUCCCCUCAAAUAUGCUGGUGCAGAUAAUUUGCCAAUAUAGAAAAUUGCCUAGUGAUUGGCUAGAUCCAUGGUUCAAGAUAUAUUCAGGUACUAAAGAUUCUGAUGUGGAAUUAGAUACUAGUCCCGCUAUUGUUACAAUUGAUAAUAUAAGAAAACAUUUUAACAUGGUUUACAUGUAUGAUCAUUUGGAAAAAUAUUUGAAUUAUAGUGGUAUCAUUUGCGGUUCAACUUCAAUUAGCGUUUCUCACCUGAACUUAAUUAUUGAUGGACCUGUGGGUUAUGAUCAUCCCGAACUACCGGCCCUGUAUAUACUAACUGAAUUGAUGUCUAUGGUGGAAGGUCCUCUAUACCGUUUGAUUCGUGGAGGUGGCUACUCUUACGGCUGCAAUAUGUCCUACAAUGCCUUAGAAGGGGAAUUGCAUUUACAUAUCCCACAUGCUGUGAACAUAAUUGAAGCUUUAAAGGUUGUAAACGAUUACAUACGCUACAAACCAAACAUUAAAACGCUACUAGAGAAUAUAGAUAUAGCUAAGGCUUCCGUAGCGUUCUCCAUAGUGGAUAAGGAGGAAACACUAACCGAUCACGCUUACCAGACCAUGGUUAAUUCGCUGAAGGGAUUGCCACAUUAUUACUCACAGAUACUAUUAGAUAAGAUGUCGAAAGUAACAAAUGAGCAAAUUGAAAGUGUGGCUAAUAUAUAUUUGAAAAGGUUUCUACCAGAAAAUCUAGCUCCUGGUAGCAGCUUGUGUAUAGUAACAAAUAAUAAAAUGUUGGAAGAUGUGCACAAGGGGCUUUGCGAUAUGGGUUAUGGCACCGUAGUUAAAAUGACCUGCCCCCAGAUGGUUGAUGCAGCAUCGCGUGGCAAUAUUAUGGGCUGA